AUGAAAAUGAAGCUCGAACUUACAUUCCUAACAACAACUCUUCUGGGCACGGCCCUCUCCCUCCCACAGCAGGCUUCAAACCUGACCUCGCGGAUCCAACGUCGCCUCGACCGACAGUCUCACCCCCUCGCCCCUCUCGACGGCGGCCACUCCGGCCCCUUGGCUGGCUUCCGAACUAGCGAUAAUGCUGCUGUCGUCUACAGCAACAACUGGGCCGGUGCAGCACGCGACCAACCACCCCCAGGAGGACCCUACACCGCCGUCAGCGCGACAUUCACGGUACCAAAGCCCACAGGCGGACCGGGACCAAUGCAGGCCGGAUCUGCGUGGGUGGGGAUAGACGGGGACACAUACAACGCAGCUAUCUUGCAAGCCGGCGUGGACUUCUACUAUGAGAACGGGAAGAUUUCAAAUGAUGCCUGGUUCGAGUGGUUCCCCGACUAUGCGUAUGACUUCAACAUCAAAAUAAACACAGGAGAUGUGGUUGUGACUAAGGUGGAGUCGUUUUCCCCGAGCGAGGGUGUGGCUAUUAUUGAGAACCAGACCACGGGGCAGAAGGCCACGCAGAAGAUCGAGGCGCCCAAGCCUGAGGCAACACUUGGAGGGCAGAAUGCAGAGUGGAUUGUUGAAGAUUUUCAAAAUGGGGAUUCGGUUGUCCCGUUUGCAGACUUUGGGGAAAUAACUUUUACUGGAUGUGAGGCGCGAGCACAAAACGGGAAUGUGGUUGGAUUGAAUGGAGCGAAGAUCAUCGAGUUGAAGCAGGGUGACAAGGUCAAGACGGAGGUUACAGUGCACGGUGAGAAAACGCUUACUGUUAAGAGUAAGCUGUGA